GAGUAACGUGAGCUUAUCCUCUGCUGUCUCGAGAAUAAUGACGCGGGUAUGCUGGUUGGUGAGACAGGACAGCCGGCACCAGCGUAUCAAGCUUCCACAUUUGGAAGCAGUCAUUGUUGGGCGAGGCCCAGAGACCAAGAUCACUGACAAGAAGUGCUCUCGACAGCAAGUGCAAUUGAAAGCAGAAUGUAACAAAGGAUAUGUCAAGGUAAAGCAGGUAGGGGUCAAUCCCACCAGCAUUGACUCAGUCAUAAUUGGUAAGGACCAAGAGAUGAAGCUGCAGCCUGGCCAGGUUCUCCACAUGGUGAAUGAACUUUAUCCAUAUGUUAUAGAGUUUGAGGAAGAGGCAAAGAGCCCUGGCCUGAAAACACACAGGAAGAGAAAGAGGUCAGGCAACAGUGAUUCUGUAGAAAGGGAUGCUUCUCAGGAAGCUAAGCCCAGUACAGGAGCAGAACCUGGGAGCAACCCUAGCCAGUGCUCUGUGCCCGCAAAGAAGGAAAAGGAUGCAGCCACCAAAAAGGAAUCAUUGAGCCACUGGAGUCAAGGCUUGAAGAUUUCCAUGGAGGACCCCAAAAUGCAGGUUUACAAAGAUGACCAGGUGGUGGUGAUUAAGGAUAAAUACCCCAAGGCUCGUUACCACUGGCUGGUCUUACCAUGGGCCUCCAUUUCCAGUCUGAAGGCUGUUACCAGAGAACACCUUGAGCUCCUCAGACACAUGCACACUGUGGGGGAAAAGGUGAUUGCAGACUUUGCUGGCUCCAGCAAACUCCGCUUCCGAUUGGGCUACCACGCCAUUCCUAGCAUGAGUCACGUACACCUUCAUGUGAUCAGCCAGGACUUUGAUUCUCCUUGCCUUAAAAACAAAAAGCAUUGGAAUUCUUUCAAUACCGAAUACUUCCUGGAAUCACAAGCUGUGAUUGAGAUGGUACAAGAGGCUGGCAGAGUGAUUGUCCGAGAUGGGAUGCCUGAGCUCUUGAAGCUGCCCCUCCGUUGUCAUGAGUGCCAGCAGCUGCUGCCUUCCAUCCCUCAGCUGAAAGAGCAUCUCAGGAAGCACUGGCCAAAGUGACUCUGCAGCAGGUGUGGCUGGUUGUUUACAGCAAAUUCCUGGCACCUCUUUGGAAUUAAAUGUGAAUUUUUAUUUCUUGAAUUAAAACAUACAUUUUUUUUUUUUUUAAACAAAACUUGUUCUAUUCCUGAGUGGCCACAAUGUGAGGUGACUCAAAUUAGUUCAGGAAUUAGGAAUUUGGGUUUGUCAUGGCUAUGGUCUCUGUUAAGGAUGGCUGGGACAGGCAUGACCCAGCAUCUCCAGAAGCCCUGUCAAAGUUUAAUAGGAGUAAAGCUAUGUUCAAACUGACCUGAUGCAGGAUAUGAAAGCAGAAGACUGCUUAUGUAUUUCUGUUUCUAGUGAUACCCUUCACCAGAGCAGCCAGAAUGGUCUCUUGUUUAUCCCAAAGGCACUAAUUGGGAUUGUAAUCUGAUCUUAACCUGGUCUGUAAUAUUCUUUCUCUUUCCCCCUUUCAUUCCUUUCUAUUCCCAACUACCCAAAUGCUCCCUUCUUGGGAAGCCUGUCUCAUCAGUUAUCAGUAGUUUAAUCUAGGUGAUGUGGGGGGAGGGAAUUUUCUUCUUUUUUUUAAUGGCCGAACUGUGCAUAUGGAAGUUCCUGGGCCAGGGAUUAAACCCAAGCCACAGCAGUGACCUAUGCUGUAGCUGCAGCAACACUGGAUCCUUUAACCUACUGUGCUGGGCCAGGGAUGGAACCUGAGCCACUGCAGUCAGAUUAUUAACCCACUGCACCACAGCUGGAACUCUUGAGUUUCCUUCUAAUAUCAGGAGUUCCUGGCUGAAAAUGAAAUACUCAGCCAUGUAUUCAUCACUGUUCAAAUGUCAGGUCUUCUUAGUGGCCUGCUUGAAUCUGUUGUCUAAAAAUAAAGUUCAUUUGUUUGGGGCA